AUGAAAUAUAGUUACUUUAAAUUACAUGAUCUUCUUAUAUCGAUGGACAUACCAUUUGUCUAUCAAGUAUGUGUUGCUGGAUGUAAAGGAAUGUUAUCUAUUGAUCCUCAAUCGAUAAUAAAUGAUAAUUAUAUAAAAGUUCGAAAAAGUAUGAUGAAAUUUGACAGUAAUGAUUGGACACUUGAAAUUGUUGAUCAUUCUCAAUUAAAUGAAACAAAAUCAUUACAAGAAGGUCAAUGUUUUAUUCCAUAUCAAACAAUGGACAGAAAGUCUUUUAAAGUUAUGAAAGGUGAAGUUUUAGUAACAAAGAAUCCAUGUCUUUAUCCAGAUGACAUUCAUCGUCUAGAAGCUGUUGAUAUUCCUACAUUUCGAUCAUGUAUUCAUGAUUGUAUUGUAUUUUCUAUUCUUGGAUCUCGACCAUAUUCAAAUGAAAUUGCCGGAUCUGAUCUUGAUGUUAAUAAAAGAAUACCACCAUUAACUUAUAAGCCAACUUCGAAAAAACAAACAAUACUAAAAGUUACAUCCGAAUUAAUUGUAACUCAUAUUCUUGAUAUACUAGAUGAUCAAACAUUUGGUAUUAUCAAAAUUUUUCCUCGAGCUAUUGAUUCGAUCAAAACUGGUGAACAAAUCGAUAUGAAAGAGAUCAACAAAUUAAGAACAAAAUGGUGUAAUACAUAUCCAGCAUGGAUGAUGAAAAAUGAUAAAUUAAAUUACGAAAGCAAUUCAAUUAAUGAAUAUUUAUUUAAUAAAGCUCAAAAUUUGCAAAUCGAUGGAUCUGCAUAUAAAACUAUGUAUAUUAAAUAUGAUAAAAUCAAUAAAGAUAUUGCAAUUUAUAUUGAAGAAGAUGAUAAUAAAAACCAACACUACUAUUUUUAA